UUUGUAAAGGUGUUGUAGGUAUGUGAAUUAUCAAAAUAUUGAAAUUUUUUGAAUUUUAAGACUUGGCUCUCAGUUUUCACUUUAUAUGCUAUUCAGAUAGUGUUUUAAAUAAUUAAUGUAGAGUUUUAUUAUUAUAAAUAAACACAUACAAUGGCAGGCACAUAUUAUUUUGUAAUUGUGGGUCAUUCCGAUAAUCCUAUCUUUGAAAUGGAUUUUGUUCCAGUAACCAAAGAAAUAAAGAAAGAAGAUAACAGACAUUUGAACCAAUUUAUAGCACAUGCAGCAUUGGAUUUAGUUGAUGAACAUAUGUGGAAAGUUACAAACACAUACCUUAAAUCUGUAGACAAAUUUAACCAGUGGUUUGUCUCUGCAUUUGUUACUGCAAGCCAGAUGCGCUUUGUAAUGGUACAUGAUGCAAGAAAUGAGGACGGCAUCAAGAAUUUCUUCACAGAUGUAUAUGAAGCUUAUAUAAAGUUAAUGUUGAACCCGUUCUACAAGGAAGACACAGUUAUUACACUUCCCGCCUUUGAGAAGAAGGUGCAAUUACUGGGGAAAAAGUACUUAACAUAGUCCACACUUGAUUAUGUGUUUGGUGCACUCUUAAAAGACUGACAAUUGGACAGAGUUUAGUGUAACUAAUUUAUUUAAGAUUUAUCCUCCUAUUUAGUAAUAUAUAUUAUGUUUGUAAAAGUGAUAAAAUAUCCAAUCUAAUGAAAAUCAUACACAAGAUACAAGUGAGUGUAUUUGUAAGAAAUGUAUUUUAUUGUUAAAUUGUAUAUUCAGUGUCAACAGAUUAAGAAACUGGCCCAAAUACUGAAACAUCUUUCUAGUUCUUAAGAGCUACUCAACUAUUUGAGAGAUUCUUAAAAUACAAUUUGGUAAUUACAAAGGUGAAAUUUAAGAUUCCCCUGCCUAAAUGUAUCUCAAAUUAAGCGGAACUUAGCAGCUACUUUUAAUAAAAAUGGCAUACUGAAAUGACACUCAGUAAAUGAUAGCUAUAAUUUACUACUUAAGUUAGUUGAGCAGCCUUCAAAUUUAAGAGUGGUCACAACCUAUCUCAAAUUCAGUUGUGUUAUUUUUAAGUGGAAAAAUGUUUUAUUCUCUUUCCUCACUUUCCCAUGACAAAAAUACUAUUUGUCAUCAUACAUUAAUAAUGAUGUACAGUAUUUUGGUGUGGAGUCAUGCUGCUGACAUUGAUAUAGUGUUUGCUCUGCAAAAGAGAGCUGUUCGUGCUAUAUAUCAGCUUGCUUAAAGACAGUAUUUCAUAGUGAAAUAUAAAGAAAUAAAUAUUCAUUGUCUGUUCAUUGUUAGUACAUUUAUGAAAAUUUAAUAUACGUUUACAAAAAUUGUUACCUUUUGACUUUCAUUAUAACACUAGAAAUAAGGGAUUGCCUCUAACUAAUUCUAGUAGACUUGAUAAGAUACACAAUAGCUUUAAGGGUAAAUGUAGACACUUUUAUAAUAAAGUCUCAGGCAUUAUCUAUAAAUAAA